UUAUGAACAAAGAGGCUGUUUUCGGGUAAAGCAAAUGAUGAAACACUCACACACUCACACUCACUCACACACACACUUCAGACCCACAGAGCCACAUCUUCACCCUGCUAUCACUCACAGACAACACAAACGGACCUGACACGCUGGUUUGUGCUGCUACUGAAAAUCUUUUCUUCCCAUUUGUCCAAAAUUCUACAUAAAUUCUUUUCUAAAACAGAAAAUGGACUUACAGACAAACUGAACUGACUCAUAGAAAGUAAAUUCACUUGAUUUUCAGGUUCAUUUAAGCACCGUCUCAGCCGCACAGCUCAUUAUUGUUGACUGGACUAUGCCGACUACAGGUCUCCAGGUCCUCGGUAUUGUGGUGUCGAUCGCAGGAUGGGUGGGCGGGGCUUUGGUUUGUGCCGCCCCGUUUUGGCGUGUUUCGGCUUUCGUUGGAGACGAGCUCGUGGUCUAUGAGGUGCUGUGGGAGGGGCUGUGGAUGACUUGCCUAUCGCAGCCAGGGAAGCUUCAGUGUAAAGUGUAUGACUCCGCCCUCGCUCUCACAGGCUCCACCCAGUUUUGCCGUGUGAUGGUUAUUUUGUCUCUCCUCUGUGGAUUAUUUGCGUUACCGUUAGGUGUGAUUGGGAUGAAGUGCACACACUGUCUCGAGGGCGCGCAUGACACCAAGUCUCGCCUGGUGCGUAUAGCUGGUGGCAUCUUCAUGGUGGCGGGUGUGGCUUUCUUCCUGCCAGUUUUCUGGACCACCUUCUCUGUGAUUCGGGACUUUUACGACCUGAAAGUGGCACCACCACUCAAACGUGAACUUGGACCCGCCUUGUACCUGGGAGGAGGCGUGGCUUUUAUGAUGCUGGCCGGAGGGGUCAUGCUGUACCAGGGAGGCUCCGCCCUCAGUGUGGUUUCAACCAAGCCGGGUUUUGGCAAAGGGGCGGGGUCAACCAAGGACAAUCCGGCAGAGGGGAAACAAGACAAGGCUUAUGUUUGAGCGAGGGGUCAGAAUGGUCAAGGCCCCAAAAAUGAUGCAGAAAUUCAGUGAAGUUAAAAUAUCCAAGAAAAAAAUAUCUGUACUUCAGACAUGAUCAUUAAAACCAGCCACAAAAUAUUUAAAAAUGUAAAAGCAUUUGAUUUCCUGCAGCACUGAUUACAGUGAUCUGGUUUUGUAUUCAUUAUAAUCUAAUUAUAAUAAUCUCAUUUGUUUUAGUAACUAUUAAGUUGUUUGUUGAAACGACUGACAGUUUAAAGUGUGUUUUUUUGGUUCAUAUAGUUGUUUUGUAAUGAAUGAUUAAAUAGAAAUAAUACAGAACAUUGUUUAAAAAAAUCAACUUUUUUUUUUCUCAGACUGAUUUUAUACUCCACAUUUGACAAUGUUGUUAAUGUUAUCUGUAAAUGUCAUUGCAAUUAUUGUUAGUCUGUGUGUUAUAGGAGUUUAUUUCUUUAUGAUGGGAUUUUAUUUCUGAAUAUUCCUUCUGUGUAAAAAACUAAAAAUAUUUUUUUCUUGAUAAACAUAAAUAAAAUAAAUAAAAGGAGGUCACUGAGAAAUCAUUUGCAAGAUUUUGUGUAUGUAAGGGAAAAAAACUGUGGGCUGCUUGUGCACGCAUGGCAUGUGUGUGUGUGUGUACAACAGCACACUGGACACAAUGGUCAUCUGUGUCUGCAGUGGUUUCUAAGAGCCGCUGAUGUCAUAAUUAUGGUGAAAAUGUAAAUUAUGGGGCCUGAAUUCCGACCCAUUUCAUAAUCAUCACAGAAACACUGAGAACUGAGAAGUCUCUGUGUAGAUCGUCAUCGCCUUCUUCAGUGAAAAUCAUAAUAACAAUAAUAAUAAUAAUAAUAAUAAUAAUAAUAAUAAUAAUAAUAAUAAUAAUAAUAAAUUCCACUCAUUUCC